CAAAACCAGUCAGGGACUGAUUCGUUCAACAGAGAGAAGAAAAGGAGAAUCAUUUUCAUGCUCUCUCUCUCAAGAAUCCCCUCCGACAUAAGCGACACUCUAACCCUAACUCUUUUCCAAAGAAUCUCGUAAAGUCAAGAGCUCAUAUUCCCCAUACCGCAAGAGAAAAACUAAUACAAUAUCAUCCCUCUAUAGAUGUGAAUCCAUGUGGGAAUUUUGAAAGGCGGGAAUUAUAUUGGGGUUUCGUUUUUCUGUUAUUAAGGAUGCAAAUUGUGGAGAGGGAUGACGAUAUUUAUGCCCCAAGGGUUCCCAAUGGAUCGAUGUCGCGUGCAGUCCACUAUUCCCCUUUGUUCUGCGUUGAUAGCUUCUCCAGGAAGAGUUUUUCCUACAACAAGCUUCCUCAGGAGCCCCUCCGGCUCAGCGUUCUCAAAUUGGACGGCUCAUCUUUUGAAAUUCAGGUGGCUAAAAAAGGGACGGUGAAGGAGCUGAAGCUGGCGGUUGAGGCGGCAUUUAGUCAUUUGCCAAAGACAGGGCCUGGUAGAGUUUCAUGGCCACAUGUAUGGGGUCAGUUUUGUCUUUCCUACAAUAGCCACAAGCUACUUAAUGACAGCAGUUAUUUAGGAAUCUACAAGAUCAAAGAUGGUGAUCAGCUUCGCUUUACUCGCCAUUCCUCCAUCAACUACAAUUUGGCAAGGUUGCAAUCAGAGAAAGAGGACUCGGAUUUAGAUGAUGAACCUGAUAGGAACAGACAAGAGAAUGUUCAAAGUCAUUAUAUAGAGAUCAUAGAGAACAAGCAAGAUGACAAUGUUGAGUCUGAUAAAGGUGUCGUUAUGCAAUAUGAGUUCAAGUUAACUCACUUGUUAAGAGGGUGGUUCCCAAAUCAUAAAUUGCCCAGCUCUGAGAUGACAGUGGAGAAGAGUAGUUCCUCGAGAUUUUCACAGAGUUUAGCAAGAGGUUUUAAAAAUGUCGUACGGUUUUUGCAGUAAUAAAUGUACAUCUAAAGGGGAGACUUGGAAAGCAGGGCAACAGCUUGGAUUGUUGCAUCUUCACGAUCUGGGACUGUGCCUCAACCAAUCACCGGGAAUGAACUUGAGUCGGAAAGCUUUCAUCAAAGCUCAACAUCCAUAAUGCAAACUGUCCUGUAAAAUGAAUUAUGACUUGUAGAAUCAAAAGAUAGAUUUGAUCUUUUUUUUUUUUUUUUGCUCCAUUGUCACCAUUAUUGAGGCUGAAUAAUGAGAAACGUUUGCCUUAGUAC